AGACUGAACCAACUUGCAAAGUACGCAUUACGAAUUUUGCGGUACAUGUCGAGACACAGAAACAUACGAGCUUUGUGUGAUGACGACGUCGACACAUACGAUGAAGUGCUAGCCAGUUCAGUAGACGAUGAUUACACAGUAUCUCCGAAUACAACAGAAAGAUAUAUUUAUAAUCCGAAUCGUGGAUUCAAACAAGACAUACCGAUAUUCCCGGUGACAAAUAACGAGCCUCUCAGUUUUACAGCAGAGGACUUCCCUGUUAAUGAAGCUGGAAAAAUCUUACCAGAUUCUCCCGGUGACGUAUCUGGACGAAUUUCAUCGCAACAAACAUUUGACUUCUCAAAUCACAAUAAUGUGGAAAGUAAAAAUCUGAAGAACAGUAAACAGACUGUCGAUGACGUGUUUGGCCACAGUGAUCUUUUCGAUUCUAGUUCUUGUGUUACACAAGUAUGUCCAACAGAUGAAGACAAAUCAUUGGAUACGUUAAAUUUAUCACUAUCACAGAAACUAGCAAUUAGUCAAUCUGACGGUCGUCCUAAUGUUUUGCGCACUCCAGUUAGUAAUGCUCCAGCAACUCCCAGUAAACCGAUCGAUCGUCAUUCACUAGUAAGUGAAUAUGCAAAACUCCACAAAGGAUCAGGAGAUAAACAAAUUAUCAACCUUAUAGUUAUGGGUCAUGUGGAUGCCGGAAAAAGCACGCUUAUGGGAAAUCUUCUCUAUCUGCUAGGACAUGUUUCUGGUAAACAGUUGGCUAAAUAUCAGUGGGAUGCACAAAAGAUGGGGAAAGCAUCAUUCGCUUAUGCAUGGAUUCUAGAUCAAACUUCAGAGGAAAGAAGUCGUGGUGUCACAAUGGAUAUCGCCCAAACUUCCUUUGAAACGAAAUCCAAACGGGUUGCUUUAAUGGAUGCUCCGGGACAUAAAGACUUCGUCCCACAAGUAAUCGGAGGUGCUACACAAGCUGAUGCUGCUCUGCUAGUGAUCAAUGCUACUCGAGGUGAAUUUGAAACUGGUAUCGGUACUGGUGGACAGACAAGGGAACAUGCUAGAUUAGCUCGUUUGCUUGGGGUUUCUCGUUUAAUUGUCGCAGUGAACAAAAUGGACACAGUAGACUGGUGUCAGUCACGAUAUGAUGAAAUUCAGUCACAAGUAUCCGGUUUUUUAAAAUCGAUGAAUUUUUCCGGAGUGGUAUUUUGUCCCGUAUCAGGACUAAUCGGAACAAAUUUAGUACCGCAAGAUAUAACUAGUUGUAAAAAUUCAUCUGAGUCCAGUUCAAAACUGUUUCAAUGGUAUUCAGGACCCUGCUUAUUAGAUCUUAUUGAUUCAAUCCCAUCACCUGAAAGAACUGUUAACGGACCAUUUCGUUUUGUUGUCAGUGAUAUAUUCAAACCGGCUGGCUCAAGCAUACCGGCUGUUGUUGGUCGUGUUGUUUCAGGGGCUGUUUCCGCUGGUGUGAAUCUACCCACAAGUAGAGUAAUCUGUCUCCCCAGUGAUGUGCGUGCCUGUGUUAAGUCGAUUAGAUCUUUGUGUAAUUCACGUUCAGGUCUAACGGAUACUGCUGAAGGUGAUCUUGGCGGAAAACUGUUAGAUCAGGUGGUAAAAUUUGCAUUCGCCGGUGAUCAGGUGGCAUUAAUGUUGGCGGACAUAGAUCCAUUUCAAGCUUUAAUUCCUGGUGAUUUAAUUACUGAUCCCGAUAAUCCCAUUCCUCCGGCCACAUGUAUAUUAGCCAAAUUGUUAGUAUUCGCUAUACGACAGCCUAUUACUAGAGGUUACCCUGUAAUAUACUAUUACAAUUGUACUAGUGUAGCAGCCAAUAUUACUAAACUGAAGUCUAUGACUCACAAAGAAAAUAAAGUGGAGAAGACUGUUAAAAAGCCAAGGUUAGUUAUUUGUAUACUGUUAUUUUUGUGCUAUGUAACUGUCAGUCUUUUCACUAUCUGUGUGUGUGUGUGUGUGCUGAAACACGAAGGCUCGAUUACCUGUUUUCUGUCUAAGGAACUCACAGUCAUUAUUUGCAUUAACAUAAAGACUCUACGAUGUGAUGUAAAAUGUGUAAUACAUUAAUAUUAUGAAGGGAUAAAGAUGUCAGAACAGUAAAAUCAUUAGUUGUGUAAAAUGCAUUCCAAGACUAAUUACAUAAUUUUCCCAACAUAAAAUUCAUUAGACAAUACUGAGUUUUACUUCAAGUCAAGACGUAAACAAGGUGCUUAGAUCGAAGAUAUGUACUUCUUAUGCAAUUCAGCCGUUUUGUGGAUGAUCACUCUAAUACAAAUAAGUGUUUAGCACUACUUUUAAAACAGAGAACUUAUUGAAAUCGUCGGUGAUUGUUACUGAUUUUGGCAGGACUACCUCCUUACAUGAUACAACUUCAUGCAAUUAUCCAGGAGUGUGGCGAACCCGCCUGGAUACUAUGCCUAACACAAUUCCAAUUCUUUAGAAUGAGUGUUUCAUACCUAAAUCAUUUAUUAAAUAACAGUCCUUUCAGGUGUCGGAAAUCUUAUGAUCAUGCUGUUUUUCAAAUUUGGAUAGUUAUCGAAAAUGCAUUUUCGAGAAAGUCAGAUGUCACAACUCUAGAUCACAACUGCUCUUAGGGUAUAGUUAUGCAUUCGACGUUUUGCAUAAAUGCUAUUGAUAAUACAGCGAAGGUGAUAUCUGAUAUCCAUCAGGUGGCAUUAAAAAGUCAGCUUGGUCUCUGGUUACACCAUGUACAUUUGAUAUUUGUGCUGACAAAAAUGAAGCUAUAUUUUCAUCAUCAACGAAAAGAUAUUUUCAAAAGAAUAGUUACUGAACAAAGAGUACCCUUUUGAUAAAUUCAUCAUCAGGCUCUACAUUUAAACAUACAUUAUAGUGAAUGAAUGAAUUAGUGUUAUGAACGACAAUAAUGUUUAAAUAACAUCGAAUCAAUAAUAUUGAUAGAAACUUCAUACAUUUGUUCCCCUUAAUGAAUUUGAACAAAACAAGAACUACAGUUUUAGCAGAAUAAAAUGGUACCAUCUUGUAUUUCGUUGCCUUCUCGUUAACUGCCAAACCUUGAAAGAACAAAGUUGAAGCAUGCAAUCGACGAAACAUCUUCCUACUGUUGUUAUGUUGAUGACACAUUUAUAGUGUGCAAAAAUGAAAGUCAUGCUUCACACUUACUAAGAUAAUUCAAUGGUGCACACGCCAAUAUUGAGUUCACUGUGGAACAUGAAAGUGACGGAAAGUUUCACUUCCUCGACAUCACCAUGGAACGCCUAGAAGGCGGUAGUCUUCAAAAGUCAAUUUAUCGAAAGCCCACAUGGAAAGGACAAUGUUUGCAUUUUAGUAGCUUUUUUCCAAAUAGCUUUAAACGUGGUCUAGUCAAGACUCUGAACUAUAGAGCGAGGAGAAUAUGCUCUAUGGCGAAACUAGAGGAGGAGUUUGAGUUCCUUGAAAAGAUAUUGAAGAGAAAUGGGUAUCCUCAAAGGUUCAUCAACAAGUAUGGAAGAUCUGAAGUCACAAAUUUAAAACAAAUCACAGUGGGUAAAAAAGCCAGUCUACGUUCAGCUUGACUACAAAGGUGAAAACAUUGCAGCGAUGAUCAACAGAAGGCUGAGUACAUCACUAGCCAUAGCCUAUCCUGCAGCUAAGCUAGUUCGCGUCUAUCGAACAACUUGUUUCCUGGUGCAAUCACUGAAAUGUGUUAGAGGUCAUACCAUGUGUACAAAUCAGGAUAUUUUGGGAACCUGAGCUAUUCACGGUUAUUGAUGGACUGUUGAAAUCAGUGUUUCUGAACAGAUAGGCUUCUUCACGAUAGUUUAUCGAGUUAGUGUUCGUCGACAUAAUAAACAAAGUGUUUUGUUUUUGUCUGGAUUUUAUAGCCUAUACGUUUGGUAAUAUAAUUUAAUUUGUUAGUUGCGAAUCGACAGUUUACGUACCUGACUAGACUGGUUGUACUUCAAAGUUACAACUUUUUUGUAAGACUUUCGUGAAAAACUGCUCUUGUUCUAGUAUUCGCCCCUGAUUUUCAGAGUUUUUCAUCCGCUAAUGUGUGAACGCUUUUCUGGAUAUAAUACUGUCAGACCUUUUUUAGAUGUCUUUUGGGGAACUGUACAGCUGAUGUAGUGUUGACGUUCGAAAGACCAAUCUGUGUAGAAACAUACGAAAAGUGUAAAGCUCUUGGGAGGUUUAUGCUUCGUGUGGGCGGUGAAUCAAUAGCUGGCGGUACUGUUACAAUGAUACUUCCGAUGACAAAAAAUCGACUUAUUGACGUGUAACAAGGCUUGAAUUUUCGCACUGAAAAAAAACACUUGAAACAUUUGCUAUCUCUUAAUGCCAGAAUGUCUUUCAUUAUCUUUUUUGUGUUCUCUUGUGUUUUCCACUUUUGAAACAAAUGAUUAAAUGCUAAUUGUUUCUUUUUAGUCUUAACUGUUUUCGUUUCAAACCUGAAAAAUUAUUAUCUUGUAUUCAGGAAUGUAUUCAAACUGUGCUUUAUUAUUGUCAAAUGGUUUAGAUUUUCUAAAGGUUCGGGUGCAAACUUUUAGUCCAAUGUGUUUGUGUAUUACUUAAAAUUGAUGAAAUACAACCUCACAACAAAG